AUGGAAGAAUAUGAGGCAUGCAUCUAUGGUAUUGAAGUAGCUAUUGACUUAACAAUCAAGAUUUUGGAAGUGAAUGGGGACUCUGCUUUAGUGAUCAUUCAAGUUCGAGGAGACUGGGAAACUCGGGAUAAGAAGUUGAUUUUGUACAGAGAACACGUGGUGAAUCCGGUUCUCUAUUUUGAUGAAAUCACUUUUCAUUAUAUCCCAAUGGAAGAGAAUCAGUUAGUCGAUGCUCUAGCUAGUUUGGAAUCCAUGUUUAAAGUCAAGUGGAAGAAUGAAGCACCUGUCAUCCGCAUUGACCACUUGGAUGAACCAACACACUAUCUAGCAAUGGAGGCUGAAUCUGACGAUAAGCCUUGGUUCUAUGACAUUAAGAGAUAUAUGGAAAAACAAGAGUAUCUUGAGAAAGCAUCCAUCACUGCUAAGAAGGCUUUGAGAAGAUUUUUUGUUAAGUUCUUCCUGAAUGGGGAUGUACUGUACAAGAGGAAUUAUGAUCUCGUGUUGCUCAGAUAUGUGGAUAGACACGAAGCAAGCACAAUCAUAAGGUCCAUCCACGAGGGUUGUGAUAGUGUAUAUGCUAAGGGUCCCGCCAUGGCCAAGAAGAUCCUUCGGGUUGGUUAUUAUUAG